CGAUCGAAAUAUUCUCAACCCGCAAUGCCUUCGGAUCUCAAUCCCCUGUGCGGGGUCGAUAUUUGACAAGAGAAUGCUCAAUGUCCAUUCGCUGUUUCCUUUGAAAUCUUUCUAAUUAUGAUUGUACAGCACUCGCUUGCAGUGCCGAAUGAUCCUCUGCAUGCAUCCACCCGACGGGCGAUAGCUCGGAAUCCAAUCGGACAUGGCGAUGUGCUUUCCCGCAUCAUCUACUCACAUUCAAUGAUCUUGUUAAAUAAAUUCUCUGGAUGACUUUUACUUUUGAGUCAUUAUCAUAUCAUCUUCCAAACGUACUUUGAAUUGUAAAGCAUCAACUCCUUGGAUGAGCAUAAAACCAUAUCCGACAACCAGUGCUGUCUAAACGCAGAACGGAGAGUCAACAUGACGGACACAGAAACAGACAACUCGUAUUCGCCUGUUGAGGAAGCACGUCGAAUCUUCUCAUAUCUCUGCGAUCAAGCCGAACGACUGAGUUUGCCGCCCCAGGUCGUGGAGAAGAAGGAUGCCGUGUCAUUCUCGUCUUCCCACAACGAGAUUUACUACCCGAUCCCAUUCAAAGAAACUGAGACAUUGGCUGCAUUGAAGGGUGUCGAAGGUGCUGUCGCUAGCGCAAUUGCCGACUUGCGAUUCGGUGAACAGAAACGCAAUGUGAAGAUCGACCUGGAGAAGGCGACGGCUUUCGGAUGCCAGGCAUACAUGGCCAAACUUGAUGGACUUUCUAAACUGGAUCCAGCUGUCAAGUCAAAAUUGAAGGACACCGACCUGCUUGCGGCUCAGUCGAAUGGAUACCGUCGGAUGUCCGCCAACCUUUACAGAACCAAGAACGAGGGCGAAUUCUUUCAUAUCCAUGGCUCCCUUGAGGCUACGACGACGCUCAACAUGAUUGGAUUGGAGGGUCACCGUCCCGAUCUUACGGACUACGAAGAGAUCAUCAAGGUCAUUGAGAGCCAUGUGCACAAGUACAGCGCUGCCGAGCUAGAAGAGAUGAACAAGGAGAGGAGACAAGCUGGGGUCACAGCGUUCAAAUACGAGGAUUUCAUCAUUACUCCCCAUGGACGGCUUAAUGUGCAGGAACCUCCGUGGAAGGUAAAGCGUCUCACCGGCGACUUGCCCCCGACGCCCUUUCCCGCCAGUCACAGUGGAAGCAAAAAGAUCCUAGAGGGCGUCAAGGUGCUGGAACUCUGCCGUAUCAUUGCGGGGCCAACCGUUACACGAAUCCUGUCCGAGUACGGCGCAGACGUCUUGAAGAUUACUAGCCCUAAUCUUUCAGAUGUCCCCUUUUUCCAGGUUGAUGGUAACAUGGGCAAGCAUGCCGCGGAUCUGGACCUGAAGACUACGGAAGGACGUCGUCAGUUCGAGGAACUCUUGGCUGAUGUGGAUGUGAUUGUCGAUGGCUAUCGCCCGGGUGCGCUCGAGAAAUUGGGAUACGGUCCAAACCCUCUCGCCUCGCUGGCGGAGAAGCGUGGCAAGGGCAUCGUAUACGUCAAUGAGAACUGCUUUGGCUACGACGGAGAAUGGGCCAGCCGUCCUGGUUGGCAGCAAAUUGCCGACUGCGUAAGUCCGCAGUCUAAACACGGCAACAUGGACAAAACUGACUCUCAUCAGGUAACUGGUAUCGCAUGGGCUCAGGGCCAAUUCAUGGGCCUCUCCACUCCGGUGGUACCUCCGUUUCCCAUCUCUGAUUAUGGCACAGGCUGCAUGGGCGCCAUUGCCGCCCUCACAGGUCUCUAUCACCGUGCGAAGACCGGCGGGUCCUACCACGGAAUGGCCUCUCUGAUGCAUUAUGACCUCUUGCUCUUUGCCGUGGGCAAGUAUUCGGAUGCUGUGCAGGAGAAGAUGCGAGCUGCUCAGCCGCCGGAAUUUUUCAAGCUUCGGCACUGCGACAGUGUGGAUCGCAUCUCCUCGACCGUCCUGAAGAUCAUGCAGGCGCGGUUUCCGCAUCUCUACAUAGCCCCCGACAACGCGGCUGGACGGGAGGCGCUCACGGAGAAAUGGUUCUCCAAGGCGUACAAUGCGGACAUUGAGGUUGUCAAACCUAUUGCGGAGAUUGACGGCGUGGACAACAGCUUCUCGCGCGCCAGUCGACCGAACGGCUCCGAUAGACCUAGCUGGGAGGACUUCCAGCUGCCCGAGGAGGACUACAAGAAGGCUUAAGGAAGCAAUUGUACAUCUGUAUCAAUCAAAUCACAUUCUAGACUAG